AUGGCUUGGAUACCUGGACUCGAUGAACUUGGUUCCGGAUAUGAUUACUUAAAUGGUCAAUAUGCACAAAGUGAAUCAUGUACUGAAAAUUUCUUUGACUGGGGCAAUAUUCCAACAUACGAAAGAAACCUUAAUGGCCAGACCUAUAUCAUACCUAAUAUCAUUCACUUUUAUCCAAAGAUCUCGGCUGAAUAUAUAUCUAUUGCUGGUGAAAGUUUAGAUGAAUAUCAUGAACUACUUUCGAAUACUGUAGAUAUUGGAGUAAAAAUAUGUGGCUUUACUGGUUCUCUAGAGACAGAAUUUGGAAAAGUCGUUGAUUAUAAUAAAUUUCGAAAAUUUAGUCGAAUUCAAUAUAAUUACUCUUCUCAUCUUCUCCAUCUUACUUCAUCUCCUUCAAUAUUACGAAAAUAUCUUAAACCUGAAAUUCGAUCUGAAAUUAAUGAUCCAAAAAUUGAUCCAGAAAUAAUUUUUCGUCGAUAUGGUUCUCAUUUUAUUCGUAGUCUUAAAAUGGGUGGUCGCAUCGUUAUUAGUACUUGUACUAAUAAACUUAAGUAUAAUUGCAAGGCUGAUUUAAAAUUAGUAGCAAGAGAUGCGGCUAUUGAAAUACUUCAGGGUGAAUCAUCUGAUGAAGAUGAAGUUAUGAAGUUUAGACAAAACAGUGAAAUUAAUGUUCAUGUAUGUGGUGGUAAUAUUAGAGCUCUUGGAAAUGAUAUGCUACAUCCGAAUAUGGAUGCUUGGGCAACUACUGUUCCCAAUAACCCUGCUUUCAUAACAUUUGAUAGAUCGGACAGAAAACAGUUUAUUGAUGCUUGGCCAGUUUAUGCUAAUAUUUACAAAAGGAAAUUCAAGCCUUUUGAUCCUCCCUAUUUGGAAUACACGUUGGUGUCUUCGACAACCGAUGCUACAAAUUUUGAAUGUGGUACAUUAGGAUAUAAACCUAUCAUCGAUAAAGGAAGUAAAUGGAAAUGGCUAGCAGUUUCCUAUUUUAGAGAAAAUGAAGGAAUAUUCGGAAUUUUGAUCAGGGAGAAACCGUAUGCAGAGGGUCUCUUACGUCCUAUUGUCAAAAAGAAAAAUUUAGGUUACUCCAAUUUUUGCGAUCACUACCUAAUCCAACCUUUAACUGAUGAUCCGGAUGAAUUUGUCUCUUUAGGUUGUUUUCUUGAGAGUAUUGAAGAGCCUGUGUGUAUCAAAAACCUUGUUGGUGUUCAUCGAAGUCUUUGUGUUCAUGGUGAGCCUGGUGACAUGGUUAUUGAAUGCUCCUGGUGUAUUGCUCCUCAAUAUGAUACUCUUCAUCUUUCAACACUUACUUGCAGUAAUCGCUUCAGUCCAAUAUACGAAUCUAUUUGGCUUUUAAAAACUGAAUUUGUUGA